AUGCCCGCGAUACAACAUCGACGCUCCCGUGCGGGCUGCCACCGCUGCCGGCAACAGCACAAGCGCUGCGACCAGCACAAGCCGGCGUGCGUGCGGUGCCAACAGGCGGGCAGUGCGUGCAGCUAUGCGCUCAACAUUCAAUGGGGCGGCCGGGCGUUUCCCAAGAUGAUGGGCAGCUAUGCCGGCCGGGUCCAGCGGCUGAGCAAUGGCGGCAGCAGCGGUGCGCUGGACAUGGACGGGCCUGGGGACGGGCGUGGUGGCUUCGUCUACAUUGCGCAGCCGUCACCGCCCGCGCCGGCAGCACGCCCACGGCCCGACCGGCCCCGGCGGCCGAGACGAGACGAGCAGCCGCGUCCCAGGGCCAGAACACCGUCAGCACCACCCGAUGCAAUGGAAGACACUCCUGCGUGCGCCCCAAACGACGUCACGACCGUAUCGCGACGGCCGACGUCAGUCUUGUUGGCCCCCCAGAUCGACAUGCCCGAGCUCUCGCCCGCCAGCCUCUCCCCCAUGCACCGGUUCCUGUUCCACCACUACAUGCACGAGACCAUUCGGCUCACGGCGCCAAGCGACUAUGCGCGCACGGAAAUCUGCCGCCUCGUCGUGCCCAUGUCGUUCCGCCACCCGUGCCUGCUGUACGCCGUCCUCGCGUUUGGUGCACGGCACGUCCACGCGCUGGGCGGCUUCCCGGUAGGCGUGCCGGGCGACCGCUUGAUUAUGGAGCUCGAGGACGAGAGCAUGCGGCACCUGCGGCAGCAGCUGUCCGACGGCCCGCACCUGCACCAGCAUGCUUCGGUGGCGCUGGCCACCACCCGGACGCUCUGCCAGUCCCAAAUCUUUGCCACGGGCCACGCCUGGCGGACGCACUUGGAGGGGGCACGAGCGAUUCUGCAAGCGGUGGGCGACGCGCAAAAGACAGCACGACACACAAAAUUGUCGUCGUCGUCGCCGUCGUCGUCGUCGUCGUCAGAAUCCGAGCUGGAAGUGUUUUUGGCCAGCUGGUACGACAACGUGGAGGCACAGGCGGCACUGACACCGCUCGGCCUGCGUCGAGGCCAGCUGGAGAUGGCGCAUACGCGACGGAACAGCGUCCGACCGCGGACGACGAACAGCGAGGACGUCUACUUUGACGUGUUUGGCGGCGUGGCCUCGGACGUGCCGGACCUGAUACGCGAGGUGGGCGCGCUGGUCAUGGAGAAGCGGCGCUCCAUGCGGGGGGGCAGCGAGAGACGGGUGGUUGACGAUGAGCAGCAGCAGGACGACGACCAAAAUGACUGUAUUCUGUCUGCUGACGACAACCAAAACGACUGUAUUCUGUCUGCGGACGACAUUGCCCGCGAGGCCGACGCGCUCGUCCGCGCCAUCCACGCCCGUCUCCAACGGGACGCCGUUGGCAACACCCUGCGGCGCCUGCAAAGCGACGACCGCGUGGCCCGCUCGCUGCCUCGCGAUGCCAUGCACGACUACGCCCUGAGCAACGCGGGGUUCUUGCACACGGCCUUGCUGUACAUUCACGGUGCCGUGCAGGGCCUGCCGCCGACGGCGCCGUGCAUCCAGCACUCGGUGCAGCAGAUCCUCUGGGCCUCGGACAACAUGCGGUCGCCGUCGGCACCGCUGUCCCCGCGUGUGCUCAUGGCCACGCCUCUCUUCUCGGCCGGGCUGUGGGCCCUGCCUGACGCCCAAAUCGCGAUCCAACGGUCGUUUGCCGCCAUGGGCAUGUGGAUGCGGACGCCGCACAAUCGGCGGUCUGCGGCACUCCUGGCAUACGUGUGGAGCAAGACAGCAGCGAGCCCGGAGGCAUACCACGAUGUGCUGACAUACUUGGGUACGUGGAGUCCGGUUCUCCGCUCAGAUGUUCAGAGACGGUGUUUAUGA